AUGGCGAACGUGGUGAAUUCUAUCGUUUGGUUGAUCAUUUUGAUCCUGGUGUCCUUCUGGAUAGCAGGAAUUUGCGCGGGAUUCUACAUUAUAGUGCAUCCUUUGAGCGUGUGCCUUCCACCAUUAACAUCUCUGGCUGAAUUGCUCCUGUCGGGUAUCCAGUUUCCUCAUUACUGCGCUGAUAAGAUGAUGUCUGGAGGGUCCUUAGGAUAA